AUGUCCACUCAACAACAACAACAGCAACAACAACCAAAUGUGCUAAAACAGGUCUUGGCCACGACUCCCCUAUUUCAUCUCAUUCCAAGACAGCAUGUAGCUCCUUUGAUUAAUUUACCCCUGCUUGUGCCCCAAUCAGACGAGGGUGCUUUAAACAAGCACGUCAUUCACAGUAUAGAGUCGUUUGACUCAGAAAGUGCUAAAAAAUUUGAGCAGGAGUGCCAACAAGAGUUGUUGAACUUUACCGAUCCUGAGUUGGACUCCAUCAAGUUUAAGGUAUCCUCAUCACACACAAAGAAACACGCGCUGCCGUACCAAUAUUCCGGCUUUGAUGCACAAAUUUUGAGAAGCGAAUCAAUUGAGAGAGGCAACAUUGUACCCAAAACAAGUGAUGAAAUAGUAAAGACUGGAAGAUUAUCCAUUCGAAAACGAGCACCCACUGGAGACGAUACUUAUGUUCCGAAACACAACCAAAAAUACUAUAGAAAAUUCGAAAAGGAAUACAUGCGAUUGAACCCGACCCAGGAAGUGGUCAACUCUGGAGCCUCUGAGGAUGAGUUUACUCCCAUUGUCAGUAUUAAACCCGAAAGUAACUUGAUGAAAUUAAAUUUUCGAAAGUUCAAUCAGUUUCUACAUAGGGAGCAGCAGAAUUUUACUUGGGAGGAUAUGGUUGUUAUAUGUGAAAUAUUAAACAAAAUUGACACGUUUCUGGAAGAAGAUGCUGGGGAUCUACUAAAGGUGCUAGAUACUUGCUAUAGAAGUUUGUCUAAGGUGACUGGACAAUUGCAAAAUACAGAUAUCAAGCACAUCAAUGAUAUCAAGUCCAUUAUCCCAGAGUUAUUAUGUGGAAUAUUUGCAAGCAAAGCGUCACUUAUCAUCAUCAAGUACAACAUUUCAAAAGGAGUCCAAAUGGCAUUUGGCAGGUACACGAUUGUUAUUAUUCGAGUCAUUGAAUGCGUUUAUGAGCUCUUUCUUCUUCCUCUCCGAAAGAUUAGUUCUGUGGAUACAGAUGAGAAAGAACAAAAGCUAUUUUACAAGCUAAUUACCGAAACAAGCAACAGGUUAAGGCAAUUCUCAUUAUUGAGUGGCUCAAUCGAAGAACAAACAUUAACCAAGUUGGAGAUUCUUUGCAUCAAUCUCAUAUUUGGUACGAGCUUAAAUGAUGAAUUACCAUCUCUUGUGCCAAUUGAUUCGCUUCAAACAUCUGCCAGCUUGUGUUUAAUUGCAAUUUACAAGAAUACCGCAGACCAGAGAACUUUUCUACUACACGAGGUACUUACCGGCUUUUCCUCCAUAAAUCCAAAAAAGGGAGAAGCGAAAAAAUUCAAAACAAAGCGUGGUUUUGAUAUUCAUUACUUCACCAUGAUUUUGAAUAAUUUUUCUUUCAUUUUUAUCGAAAGCGAAGGCUAUUCCUCAGAUUUCAUGGAUCAUGUUGCUCGAGCAUUGAUUGAAAAAGUUCAAGGUAAUGCGACUGAGCUAAGACCAAAACUUUCCUGCUUCAUUUCCGAUUUAUUGCAAAUGGCAUACUUGCCUGAAUGGCCAACUGCGGAUUUGUUCUUGACGUCUAUAGCGUCCACCUUGAUUCAGGUUUUGAGCUCGCCAGAGGAUCAAGUUCCCGGAGAAACCCAGUUUUUGGAUAUUUUGCAAGAUUUGGCCGAGAACGUUCUUGGAACGCCAUGUGACAAUCCCCCAAUGGGAGAGAAGGAGAUGUUGUCAAUUUUGGGGAACAGUCGGGAAUUUGGUACCGGUGACGUUUUGCCUUGUUUAAGAAUAAAACUUCAAACCCUCGCUGGCUUCACCCUCACCCUCGAUUCGGAACUUGUCAAAAAUCAUGAUACACUCAAUCCCGGAUACAAGUCCUUGAUUUUAGUCAGGCUUCGUGAAUUUUUUACCAUAAAGUACCUCAACUUUCUCGAAACUCAAAUAGGGAGUCCCAGAGCUAAAGCAAGGGCCAAAUCAAUAAAAGGCUUGCUUGUAUUUGUGUCCAAUUCCCCUCAAUCACUACAAUCGGCACAGUUACAAAAGCAGCUAUCGUCCAGAUUACAAGACUCUGCUGCCCUGGUGAGGGACGCAAUGCAUGAAUUCCUCAAUUCACAUAUUAAGAAAAAUCCUGACGAAGCGGAAAAGUUGAUUCAACCAAUGUACCUAGCUAUGGACGACCCGAGUGUAUCCGUCAAGAAAAGAAGUAUUCAGUCAUGUAUGGCGGUUUUUUCUUUGGUUAGCGAAGCUGCAAAGUUGCAAAUCAGUGCAAAGAUAUUAGAAAAAAUAUUUGACCAAGAGGAUAGCGUUCGCAAUGAAGCAGUUUUGAUGUUAAAGAACCGUUUCCUUUUCCAGCCCCCGGCAGUAAACUUGGUAAAUCCCGGAGUGUUGGACGUUAUUCGAAUUGGAAAGUCAAAGGGCACAAAAUUGUUGCUGUCCUUUUUCAAAGAGUAUGUUUUUACCGACUCCAAAGCUGUUGGGUUUGUUGGCGGGCUAAUAUUGUCAGCGGUUGAGCUUGUAGAAAAUGCGGACGAUGUGGAGGGUGGUAUGUUUUUGUUGUCAAUGCUUUCGCAGAUUGAUCCCAGUCUAAUCACACAAGAUGUGUUGGUGGAGUUGAAGAGUUUUUACCUCGAAGAAGCUAAUAUCAACACCAGCGCCUACACUUACGCCCUCGAAAUAUUGAAAACCACCACAUCCCACCUCGCGGGUAUUCGUCCCGAAUUUUCCCUUGAAAUUCAGUCAUUUUUAUUAUCUAAAAUUAUCAACUUUCAUCAAAGAGACAUGUUGUCGACCAUUUCUGCCUUGUGGAACUUGAGCAGACUCAGUUCAACAGAGAGCAAGAUUGCCAAUGCCGUUGUUGGAACCUUAAAAUGGGUGAGAAAACUGUACAAUGACAAAAACUAUAAACAACUUCCCAAGCUAUUGCAAUUGUUGGGGUGUUUCGGUAGACUCAUAAAACUUCAAUUAUUUCAACACAUUUUUGUCAAAGAAGGCUUGAUGAGCGAAGGCGACAAUGUCAUGACCAUUUUGUUCAAACAUAUCUUGACCUUCACCAAGCCAGAGUUCCCUCCAACGCUUCGAAAGUAUGCCCUUUCAAACUUGGUCUUGGCGUGCUCGAGUCAGCCGAGGUUGAUCACCCAUAAUGCCGUGACAACGCGCAUAUUGGACGCAAUAAGGUCAGAAGCACCCAACGUAAAAUGUGCCAUCAUUCAGAAUCUUAAUAUAUAUUUGGACGAUCAUGGAACGAUUGAUGCAAAUACACCAUCGACAACCCUUGAGUCGAUUCAAGGAGUAGGAAAUUUACAACAGAAUGUUUGUAAGUCCUUGGUCGAGAUCUACUUUGAGGAUAUUAUUGGAUUGUGUACAUCAAACGACCUUCAAUUGGUGCUGGAAGCCUUUUUGUUUGUACGGAUGUCGUUAGAAAUGGGAUUUGCGAACCCGAUCAAGGGUAUUUCCAUGGCUGUCGCUUUACAAGGAUCUCCAAUUUUGACACUUCAAAAGGCUGCGCAUGAGUUGUACAAGUAUUUAUUUGACAAGUACAGACCGUUGAUGGACUCUCAAUUUGGCGAAGGUAUCAAACUAGCGUACUCUACGGGUCAAAUUGCUCGGAAUAUGUUUGCAUUGCUUUACGAGGUUGUCCUUGAAUCAAAGAUGUCGCGCAAUAAGUUUAUCAAGUCUGUGUCCAAGUAUUUUGUUGUAAAACCCAGGAGCAGUCACUUGGAUGAGGAUUUGAAAUUUAUCCUUUUUGUGAUUGAGCGAAUGUCUUUGAUCAAAUUUGAAACCGUUGAAGAGGUUUACAUUAUAUUGCACCAGUUGCAACAAGUUUUGCAAAAUUACGCUCCCGAUUACAUAAAUGAUCUCCGUGAGGCUGAAGUUGGUGAUGAAAACACUAGCGAUUUAGGCUACUUGAUCUAUCUGAUUUUAGAUUACUACAACUUCCUUUGUGCAAAGUAUGGUAUCACUAGUGAAAACAUAGACGGAUUCAGUUCGCGUUUAUUAGAGAUUGAUUUUCUGCGAGCUCCAACUGUUGUGAGUUCACCUAUUUUACACGUGGAAUGGAUAUUCUCCAAUAUGCGCAACCUUGAGUCGCUAAAGUUCGUUGUGAAGGAGAUUCGAAAGUCUAUAUUCGUGCUGGGUGAAUAA